CUCAUCGCCGGGAUCCCCCACGACCGUUGAAGUGGAGUACCUGGCAAUGUUGGAUGAGCACGAGGUCAUGCUAGGCCAGACCAGGUCGAAAAGGGACCUGUAACCCCAGCACAACCACCGUUUCAAGCGCUUCGAAGGCACUUCCUCAUUUUCUCUAUCCCCAGCAUCAUCAGAUUUCUCCACACAAGAGUCCACAUCCCGCGGACGCACGUCAAGAGUCGCCGUCGUAGCAACACGUCGCUCCUGGACUGCCAGUGGAUAAUUCGGUUCAGUUGACCUCAGUUACUCUGGCUCUCCUCCUCUAGGAAUGGUCAUCUUGACUCGACUGGUCAAUGGUGCGAGUGCCCACCCAAUCCUAAUCUAGCUCAAUUGUUGCCCCGAAUCUCCUCAUGCAUUGGCCUGGCGUCAUGUUGAAGCACGCUUGCUAUCGUGGCAGCGCCUGAGAAGUUGGCCCAGGCCGGAGUGCGAGUGUCGAGCUGCCAUACACACACCCAAUGCCUCGCUCGUCAACACAUUGGUUUCCUCUCGUUGGUGUAUCUGUCUCGAUGAAACCCAAGCUGAUUGAUAUGCCGCUGCAAAAUUCGGAGAAUGCGGGCGGCAUCUGACCAUCAGGUGGUCCAAAGCCCCGGAUGCUGUGGCCUUAGCUGAGUCCAGAGCAGAAAUACAACCUCAAGAGCCUCCCCGUCAUUACGUGCAUCGGCCUGAUGGGCUCACUCAAGGCUCAGUGCGAGAACCGUGCACCAACCACGUCAGGGAAGGCAUUAUGUAUGGUUAGACUGGUGCGGGUGCACCUCUUCAUGGUGUUGAACGAGUUGCGCGGAUCGGAUCACACGUUAUCGACGGCCUGCAGAUCGGCCGUCCCCUCCUCUUCUAUUAUUAACCAGAUACCCUCUCUCAAUUCUUGAAUCUAUUCUUGAUUUCUCGUCUAAUUCACUCUCCUAUAAUUGACCCCGACGUCGGUUGUCUACAUCAUCUAUCAAGUUAUCAAGCCAUUCUGAAGAAUCUCGAUUGAUACCCCGCCACUCUUCAUAUUCUCCUAGUCUCUCACCGCAUGCAGUAGCCUCGACCGUCUAAUUCUAUCAUCACAGCGAUUGUCAAGGGUGUCACGCGGAUAGAGACAACUUGGAAAGGAUAUCAAAUCAACAGUGGCCCACCUCGUUAUGUAAUGAAAUAGACACCCUCUUCUGAUACGCCUUUUGCCUCUCGUGAUGGAGAUGGUUUUAGGUGGCCAACUUGAGCUACACCUGCUCCAAGGUUGUUGCUUGGAGGCAGAAAGGGCAGACCGUGUUGCAGUUCAACUCUUGGGCCUUCGCAAUGCCUUGGGCGAGGGCACCCAUACUCAUUUGUUGUUGACUAUGGAGGAAGUCAGCAUCUCGGGUCAACUACUCCGUGAACUGGCUGAGUACUCCAAAGUUCAUUUCUCUCGGGUUCCGGUCGUGCUCGACUAUCUCGAAAUUAUUCUCCCUUGCCUAUCAAGAUCCCUACGAGAUAUCACGACCUAUUACGAAGACAGAACUCUCACCAAGGAGAAUCGUUGGCGGAAGAUGUACCACUCGAUGACCCAAGAAGCUGGGGGCCUUUCACUACCACAGCGUUUUAUUCUUUACAAUCGUUUUCUGUCCCUGUUAGGGAAAUUGCUAUUGAGAUCGCCAAAUUUUGACUUCAAUACUAUGGAAUGCACUCGAUUGCAGUUGAUGCAACUCAGGGAAGCCAGAGGCAUUCCCCCUCCCCCUAUUCGCCUUGAUUCAACAAUUCGCCCCGAUUCUAUGCUAGACGAUGAUUCAGGCAUCGCGAAUAAUAUCCAUUGGGCUGAGAAAAUCUUCUCUUUACCGCUUCCCUCCCGGACUCCGCUUAAACAUCAGCAGUCGUCCAAAGCAUAUGGCCCACACGCUCCCUGGAGCCAGGUGCGCAUGCCAAGUGACGCAAGAAUCCUUUUCAUUCGUUCUUUCGAUGAGCGCCAGAUAACCCUGAUAGUAUAUCAGAGUGGUCGAGACAGAUGCCCAUAUUUACUCUUGCGAACGUUCCACAUGGGAACUCCAUGGUUUUCGCUUCGUGGCGCACACGAACUAUGUGUCGAACGCAAUGGCAGCAGUCUUCAGUUCUGGCGAUGGAGUUCCAGUGAACACUGCCCCAAGAUGUGGGCCAAUCUUUGCUUCAUGACGUGGGAAGAAUUGGUGCUCGUGUACUGCUGCUUUUUGUCUUUCAAGACGCGCAAUAGUCUUACAGUACAGGUUGCAAAUGAAGAUCUCGCUCUUUGGGGUGAACGAAAACUGUUCCAAGCUCGAAUCCUGGACGACGGCUUCAUGCAUUCUCUUAUUGUAUAUGAGGACUAUGUGACAAAGGGUGUUCGUCUCCACGCUGCAGUCUGGGACGGCGACCUACGCCAAUGUCCUGUCUGGACAGCUUUCAUCACACAUCAGUCAGCCUCCCCUAAAUGGAUAAAGAGAGUCAGCAAGACCAGAGUCCGACUUGCUGACAUUCAACUCUACGUCUUCUGCCAGGAAUACCGGCAGCAAAACCAACGAAUCAACCGUGCAGGAGCUUUCGAGAUCCGAUUCGUGAGUGAAGAAGCGGCCAAGCGUUUCAAAGAGCUCUUCUCUCCUGCGCUCAUCGAUGACAGCACCGCCACAGAGUCGACACAGACUUAAGCCACCAACAGUGUCUUCGCCGUACGACACAAACUCGGCACUUAUAAUUUCUCCUGUGAAUAGUUGUUCUCCCUCCUCGUUCCAUUGCAUGUAGCCUUUCACUUUGAUCCAUGUUUUUUUCUAGCGACGGCGUCCCACGAGAGAAAUAACGGUAUGAAGAUUUACGAAUGACGAGUUACCUAUUUUUAAUAAUAUAGUUCAAGUCGAGGGUCACAGAUUGUACGAUACAUCACAGCUAUUUGAGAGUUCGAAGGCCCUACUCAGGUUUCCAUAUAACGAUAUCAAGAAUGUUUUCACGUCGUGGCAUUAACUCAUGUUACUGUGCCCCUAUUCCUCAGCACACAUCCACAGUUUUCCAAUUGUUUAGUUACUAGUCUCAAGAACGCUCAGUUUGUCAGCAUUGUACGCGAUAGCAAUUUCAGAAACUCAGAAUUAUCUUGUGUUUGCAUCCACCUCUUGUGUUCCCCAAUUUCAACACCCAUCAUGGC